GCGUGAGUCGCUCCAUGAAGGACAAAGUGACCAAGCCCACCGCCAUGGCUCAGGGCCGCGUCGCUCACAUGAUCGAGUGGCAGAGCUGGGGCAAACCAACCGCCGGGCCGCUGGGGGGCACGGGACACACCAACCUGCAGAGGGAGAAGAUGAGGAGGCUGGAGAACGACGCCUACAGCGACCUCAGCGACGGCGAGAAGGAGGCGCGCUUUGCUGCAGGCAUCAUGCAGCAGUUUGCCAUCUCCGAGGCCACCCUGUUCGGAUGGACCUCCAUGGACGGGGAGAGUCUGGGCGCCGGCUCCAACCAGGGCAGCGUGGCUCACCUGAGCGAGGUGAACCAGGAGAGCAUCACCAGCAGAGACCAGGUGCUGCACCGCUCCGCUGCAGACGUGUGGCCUCACACCUACGUCUCACAGGGCCUGUAUUGCCUGUCGUCCUCAGAUGCCUGGGACCCGAUCACCAGCCAGCCCUCGGGCGUGGCCUCCCCCGCUGCCGGCUCGUACAUCAUGGCUGCCGGUGGCAGCAACGGAGUGGGAGGAACGCCCAGCGACGGGUUCGAGGGCUCGGUCGGGAGCUUCAUCCAGCAGCACCAGGCUCAGCUGGCCCUGCAGCAGCACAGCCAGCUGCAGCACCUCCAGCAGCUGCACCACUACCAGCAGCAGAUCCUGCAGUACCAGCAGCAGCAGACGAUGGAGCACCGGCUACACAGCGGCUCCCCCUCCCUCCAGGCCACGCCCAACAGCACCAUCCACAGCCUCUGCCCCCCCACCCACCCCCGCCUCGCCGACCUGUGGGGGGCGGCGCAGGUGGACAUGGCUGGGCAGCUGAGUGGACUGAUGGCUGAACUGGUCGGAGGACUGGUGGAGACGGUCGGGGAGGAGCCCGAGCUCGAGUCCGAAGACUUCAUGGAGCAGUACGAAGAGGAAGAGGAGGAGCUGACGAAGGUUCAAGAGGUCACGUUGACCUUGGAGCCGGAGCGCUACACCCUGAGCCCGUCCCCGCUGAGGGAGGACGUCCACUCGACCAGAGGUUCAAGUCCCGGACUCUCAGCGCAGAGCAUCGAGUUCAUGAGGCCCAGGAAACCCUUCGAGGUCACGCCCUGUGUCGUCCAGUCACUGGAGGAGAAGGACGAGGAGGCGGAGGAGGGCUCGGUCGUGUUCGUGGCGACCAACUGAAUCAUUUGAUCACAAACUGACAAUAACAGGAAAUAAAGACUCCAAUAAUCAAUCAAUCAAGCUAUUGUCCCAACCCCCUCCCACCUAUUUACCCACUUUGAGUCAGAGCAGCUGGGAGAAGACUUCUUUCAGAUGGAAACGUUGGAUGUAAUGUAAACAGACUUGAAGCCAAGAAGCCCCAAAGGUCAACGAGGGACAUGUGGAAUAUAACAAAAUGAGAGGAUGAACUAAUAAACUCUGUGGCCGGUUACGAACUCAGAUUCAGUGACUUCUGAAUGACCCCAUGUGAGGAGGAGAUUGAUUCUCGGGUCGACUCCGGGAUCAGAAGCCGAACAGGCGGAUGUGAAGACAGGGCCUAGCUUAGAAACAAUUCAGUGCAAUACAACCAACACGGACACGACCAGACGCUGGGUCAAACAGUUCUUUGCAAAUAACCCGGAGUGCAGCAGAAGUGUGUGUGUGUGUGUGUGUG